AAAUGUAGCCGUGUGUGUACGCGUGUGAAUCCAUUAUCUAGAAAAACUAAAAAAAAUCAAGAAGAAUCAUGCACCUUGAAUUAGAAUAGUCUAAAAGAGCAACGGUUGACUGAAACGUCGCCUUCUUUUUAAUAUCCAUUUCUUUCAUCAAUUAUUAAUUCAUUCAUUCAUUAUAUAUAUCUAUCUCCCUAAUUUCUUAAUCAUCUUGUUAUAGUUUCUUUUUCACACACCAAAAAAAAAAAAAAUUCAUUCAUUUUCCAUGGCAUCAAGAAACGUUGAUUCAAUCUCAACCCUUCAUCCUGACAUCAUCCAAACCCAAAUCUUGACCCGGCUCGACGGUCCGACGCUAGCCUCCACCGCAUCAACCUCCUCUUAUCUCCAAACUCUCUGCACGGAACAGAAACUCUGGCGCGAACUCUCCACCGCCACGUGGCCUUCUAUCAAUGAUUCACGUGUGGUUCAAGCCAUCUCAUCUUUCCCUUCCGGUUACCGUUCCUUCUUCGCUGACUCGUACCCGUUCACUGAACACACGUGGCAGUCUGAAAAUCAAGAUCCACCAACGGCUGGAUUAAUCUCAGCCGUCGAUCUUUAUUACAGAGGAGAGCUAAUCUACUCCAAGGUUCAAGAGAUGGAAACAGAGGGAUGGAUUUUAUCCACUCCGUUUCGGGUCGAUAUGCUCGACCUGAAAGAGUCUGUUCAAACCCGGAUUCGAUAUCCGGGUGGGGAUUACGAAGCGUGGGUUAAAGAUAUGGAAGAGAGCAUGAAGCUUAACUGGAUAGUGAUCGAUCCGAUCAAGAAACGUGCUGCUAAUAUAUCUAGCAGAAAGGCGGUGUCGGCAAAGCGGAACUGGCUGACGGGAGAUUUAGAGAUAAGAUUUUCGACGGUGGCGGCAGCGAUAGGGAAGAACGCGGUGGAAGUGGCGGCGGUUGUGUCGUGUGGAUCGGCAGAGGCGUGGAAAGAGGUGGACGAGGAAGUGGGAGGAGAAGUGCACGUGAGGGACGUGAGGUUGCAAGUAGAGGACAUAGAAGGAAAAUGUUUGAAAGGGAGGGAUAGUUUGGUAAUUUUACAAGGGUUGUUGGAAGGGAAGAGAUGUUGUAAAGAUGGUGAGGAGAGAAGAAGAAGAAGAGGUAAAGAAAGGUAUGAGGAAUACGUGGAGAUGAAGACACGGUGGAGAGAGAAGAAAGAGAGGAUAGAGAAAGCUCAAGACACGGUUUGUAUGGUCUUUGGUUUCUCUCUGUUUGUGCUUUUGUGGAGUUUUAUUUUGUUAAGGUAAACACUUAAAUAAGGUGAAACACAAUAAAAAGAGAGACUAUACACACACACUUACACUUCUUGGUCA